AUGAACUAUCCAUCUAAUUUGUAUCUGUUUCCGUAUAGCCGGCCCUUAAGAAGAUACUCAGUACCAGCAUCAACAUCCCAAGCUUCCAAGGACCUAUGGUCGUCAGUACGGCGAGUGCGUAAUGGUCUCGUCUUCACAUCUAUAAAUGAGAAGACUGUUCCUUAUAUCUGGCUCCGGGAUAACUGCCGCUGUAGUAGCUGCGUUCACCAAGCCACUAGGCAACGUAAUUUCGACAUCUUCGAGUUACCUGAAGACAUCAAACCGUCCAAAGUGACGGCCAACGAAGCUGGCCUUGAGAUUCAGUGGUCUCACGAAUCACACACAAGCUUUUACUCCUGGGAUUUUCUAGAGAUAUAUAUCAAAGGAGAGCGGCCGGCGCCUGAAGAUGUCCCCCCUGAGUAUUUCGGGGCUGGAGGGCCGUCCGAAUCCAAUAUAGAGUACGGAGAAUUCCUAAAAGAUAAGACACGAGCCGUUGGACGGGUGACAGAUAUGAUUAAACGGAAAGGACUUGCGUUUGUGACGGGGGUGCCGACCGAAUCGGCUGACAUGACCAAGAAGCUGCUCGAGAUGAUUGCGUUCAUCCGCGUAACGCACUACGGCGGCUUCUACGAGUUUGAACCAGGUCUAGAGCAUGCCGAUACUGCUUAUACCAACGAAGCACUACCUUUACACACGGAUACUACUUACUUUUCUGACCCCUGUGGGCUUCAAUCUUUUCACCUUCUCUCGCAUACGGACACAAGCUCCCAAGGAAGCUCAGGAGUAAACCUGGGCGGACAGUCCCUGCUUCUUGACGGUUUCCACGCUGCUCAGAUUCUUCGAAAAGAGAACCCAGAGGCGUUCAAAGUCCUAGCUAGUUUCGGGCUCCCCUUCCAUGCGAGCGGCGACGAGGGAAUCGCUAUAACUCCGGACAAGCUGUAUCCGGUGCUAGAAUGCGACUCGCACCAUAACAUGGUGCGUCGUAUCAGGUGGAAUAAAGGCGACCGAGCGGUGAACCCGCUUAGGGAUGGCACGGCGGAAUGGUAUAAGGCAGCGGCGAAAUGGAAUGAGAUAUUGAACCGGGAGGAGCUCGUCUAUCGGUUCCAGCUCGAGCCUGGUAAAGUCCUGAUUUUCAACAAUUGGCGAGUUCUGCAUGGCAGAGAAGCUUUUAUAGGCCAGAGAAGAAUGUGUGGUGGUUAUAUCAAUUACGACGAUUGGAUUUCAGCAUGGAGGAAUACAAAUCUUACUAAGAGGGAAGUUUCUAGGCAAGUCAUAGGGGAAUGA